GCAUUUCUGAUGAGCCUGCAAACUGCAGAGGACCUCACCUAAACAAGUGGUUAAACAUGGAGCAAGGAUCAAGCCUUCUUUUUUGCUCUAUGCUGCUGCUGGUGAUGCUUAGUAGUAACCAUGAAGUUGCUGCAGAAGAAAACUCUCCACAACCUCAAGGAUCUUGUGCAAAUUGGAUGGCUGGAGCACCAGGUCACCCAGGUCAUAAUGGAGUACCAGGGAGAGACGGGCGGGAUGGAAGAGAUGGCCAAAAGGGAGAAAAAGGAGAGCUAGGUGGACCUGGUGAAAAAGGAGAUAAAGGAUCUUUAGGAGUGGCUGGUAUUGCAGGUCCUCAAGGAGUGCCAGGUAUUCCAGGAAACCCAGGGUUAAAGGGCGAUAGGGGGGAAAGUGCCUCUGUCUAUCGAUCUGCCUUUAGUGUUGGUUUAACAUCCAGAGUUUCUUAUAUUAAUAUUCCUAUCAAAUUUACAAAGAUCUUCUACAAUGAACAAAAUCACUAUGAUACAGUUACGGGAAAGUUCCGAGCCACCAUUUCUGGAGUAUAUUAUUUUGCAUAUCAUCUCAGUGUAUAUGCCUCAGAUGUGAAAGUUAGUUUGUUCAAGAAGGACACAGCAAUCAUAAUCACCUAUGACCAGUACCAGAAAAACGAUGUGGAUCAGGCUUCUGGAUCGGUUUUACUCCAUUUGGCAUCGGGGGAUGAAGUUUGGCUACAGUUAUAUGGAGAAGAAGAAAACAGUAGUGUCUAUGCUGAUAAUGUUAAUGAUUCAACUUUCAUGGGAUUUUUACUUUACCCUGAUAUAAAUAAUGAGUGGUAGAAUGGGGAUGGACUAGGGAAGAUGGAAGAACAGUCAAGCAUAAUAUGGACUCUAUUUUUCUUGUAGAUUUCUGGUAACGUUAGAAACACAAAAUAACCUUGAAGGUGAUUCAAAUUUGAAAGUUUAUUGCUUGGAUAUUAUAAUAAUUUGUAUGUGUAAAUCAUCAAAUAUUUGUAUUCCUUAACAUCACUUUAAUGGUUUUCAGUUCACACAUUCAGUUGUCUGUCAUGCAAUAAUCAGAUACAAUAAAAUAAGCAUAUGCACAAGCAUGUGUGUGCAUGUACACACACAGACACAAGAUUUCAACCUGUACUUAUUCAAGAUAAUGUUAUCCUAUGUUUAUUUAUAGUUACAGCAACAAAGAAUAAACACUGGAUUUACACAAUGUAUUAAGCCUUAAUGAAAUUUGGUUUUGGAUUAGCAUGUAAUAUAGAUACAGCAACCGUGGUUCAUAAACCAUAUUUCAUAGCAUGGCAUGCUGUGUGAAUUUAGCUAAUUAUGAUUUUUUUAAAUAAACUAUGGUAAUACCAUGUUGUGUGAAUCAAGUCAGUGAGAUAAAGCUUUAGCGCCACAAUUGUCAGAAUGAUUUUUGUUUAGACUUAAAUUAAAACUCAUAUCUUUGUUCCUU